AUGGAGAAAAAUAGUUUGUUGCAUUCUUUUGAAGAUUCCAAGUGGGUUUCAAAUUAUGAGAAUACUCUGCUAUCUAAUUUGACAAUAAUAGGAGUUGAGGAUGAGAAAUCACAAAAUGAUUCAUCUUUCCAACAGGAUCAAGAGGUUGUUGAGCCACUUUUUUGGCCAUUUGAAUGGGAAUUUGAUUGGACUUCUCAAGAUAUCAACAAAUAUUUUGCUAUGUCUCCUCAAAGAUACAUGAUAGAUAUGAAAAUUGCUUACAGAGAUGGGCGUGGGAAAAGGCUUACCUUCAACACAGAAAAAAUGGAAUCAGAUGUUGUCAAGAGGGUCAACAGUAUACCUUCAAUAGUGAGAAAUUCAAACAAAUUGGAUAUAAAGAUGGAAGUGGCAGAUGACGCAAAAGCUUAUUCCCCAAAUUCAAUCCAUAGAAAUAAAGAAUUUUCAUCAAACCAAGAGCUUCCAAUUGAGAAUAUAUUGGGACUUAAUGAGUUUGAUGGACAUGAAGGAAUUGAUUUUGAAUUUUCUGAAGAUAUUUUCUCCAUGAAUGAUUUUUUUUGA